AUGGCAACUGCUGGACUGAUACUGACCGUUAGCAGUUUAGUUUGCUUCAUCGCCGGGGUGGCUUCUCAAGCAGCAACGGAUGCUAGUAGUCACUGUAGUUAUUUGGUCAACUCGGUGUCCAGGUUCCAGCCCAAUGCAGCCGCUUUCAAGAUCUACACUCGGUCAAGGUCACCUCGGGUCACCAGUGGGGAACCUAUCGAAGUAACUAUUGGGCCUUUCAGCAGCUCGCUGAACUUCUUCAACUUCACCGAUUUCAUCCUGUACGCCACUCCGUUAAACACGGCCAACCUGGAGGUGGAGUUCGUCGGCACCGGACAGCCGCAUGUGGGGGUCUUCCAGCUGUUUGACAAGUGGCGAGCAGGUGCCGGCGGGUUGAACUGUAACCCUAGAUCCAGGGCUGAGGACUCAGUCGGGGCUUUCGAAGAGCGUCUACUGGCCACGUUCAAACAGUACUACCCAAAUAACCCGAUGUUGUCGCGGUAUCAUGCCCCCGCCCGCAACCAGGUCUCAGUUUUAUGGUGGCCAACCAAAGAGGCUUUGCUGUAUCCUGAGAUUAAGUUUGUGGCAAAUAUUAAGUCUAUGGGGAACUGGUUCAAGCUACAGUCAACUCCUUGGAAAGUCAACAGACCAGUGGACCAGUGGGCAAGUAA